CCUAUCAUUCCCCGCCUCGUCUCCCCACUCUUCUUCUUCUUCUUCUCCGACCAAGCUGACGUACGUGCGCCGUGCUGUGCAUUCCGCUUCCGCCUCCCGCGCCGCCAUGUCCGUCGCGCUCCACACGCUGCCCGCCGCCGUCGCCGCCGCGGGCAGCGGCGUCCGUGCCGAUCGGAGACGGCGGCGGCGGCCCUCCUCCUCCCUACGGGCGACCUCCGUGGAGACGGGGCCCGUGGCUGCGGCGGUGAGCGUCGUCGAGAGCAAGGUCGGGGUGGAGACGAAGAGGAGGGAGGCGGCGGCCGAAGUGAGCGGCGAGGCGGCGGCCGCGGAGGUGGCUGCGGAGCUGCAGGCUCUCUACGACGACGGGUUCGGCGGCGUCACGGUGAAGGAGUACUUCGCGGCGGCAAGGGCGGUCUCCAACGACGACGAUGGCCCGCCGCGGUGGUUCUGCCCCGUCGACGCCGGCCAGCCGGCGGUGGGCAACGCGCCCCUGCUGCUCUUCUUGCCAGGAACUGAUGGAGUUGGAAUGGGGCUCAUUUUGCACCACAAGUCUUUGGGAAGGGUAUUCGAGGUUCGUUGCUUGCAUAUACCAGUAAAUGAUCGUACGCCAUUUGAAGGGCUAUUACAAAUUGUAGAAAAUUCCAUCAAAUAUGAGCAUGUUAUGUCACCAAACCGACCGAUAUACCUCGUUGGAGAUUCAUUUGGCGGAUGCCUAGCACUUUCGGUGGCAGCUCGUAAUCCACAACUUGAUCUGGUUCUCAUACUGAUAAAUCCAGCAACUUCCUUUGCAAAGACUCCGUUGCAGCCGAUAUUGCCUGUGUUGGAAGCAAUGCCAACUGAACUUCAUGUCACAGUUCCAUAUCUCCUCAGUUUUGUCAUGGGUGAUCCUGUUAAGAUGGCUAUGGUUAACAUUGAAAACAACCUCCCUCCUCCAGAAACUCUACAGAAAUUGUCAGAUAGUCUCACUUCCAUGCUGCCUUUGCUUUCAGAAUUAGCAGAUAUUAUACCAAGGGAUACUCUCUUCUGGAAACUUAAGCUACUGAAGUCAGGAGCAGCUUACACUAACUCUCGUCUUCAUGCUGUACAAGCUGAAGUUCUACUUCUUGCCAGUGGCAACGAUAAUCUUCUGCCAAGCGGAGAAGAGGCAGAUAGACUCUUCAAGUCGCUGAAGAACUGCAGAGUUAGAUACUUCAAAGACAAUGGGCACACACUACUAUUGGAGGAUGGUGUUAAUCUUUUAUCUGUCAUAAAAGGAGUAAAUAUGUACCGCCGUGGCAGACAACAUGAUCCUGUGACAGAUUACAUACCCCCUACACUGAGUGAGUUCAAGAAAACAUUUGAUGAAGAUCAGAAAUUGUUUCACCUGGCAAUGAGUCCAGUCAUGCUGUCCACCCUGAAGAACGGAAAAAUUGUUCGUGGCCUUGCUGGUGUUCCUGACCAAGGUCCUGUCUUGUUUGUGGGUUAUCAUGCACUAAUGGGGAUCGAAUUGACUCCAUUGUAUGAGGAGUUCUUGAGAGAGAAGAAAACAAUUGUCCGUGGUAUGGCUCACCCAUUUUUAUUUCAAGGGAAAUUCGAGGGUUCACGCCAGGAGUUGUCUCGGACCGAUGAAAUUUCUAUGUACGGUGGAUUACCAGUUACUCCAAUCAAUAUGUAUAAGUUGUUUGAGAGGAAUCAAUUUGUUUUGCUCUAUCCAGGCGGUGUGCGGGAAGCUCUUCACAGGAAGGGUGAAGCAUACAAAUUGUUUUGGCCAGAUCAACCAGAAUUUGUAAGAAUGGCAGCACGUUUUGGUGUUACUGUCAUACCAUUUGGUUUUGUAGGAGAAGAUGAUGUUUUAGAGUUGGUCGCGGACUACAACGAUCAAAAGAACAUUCCCUACCUUCGGGAAUGGAUUGAGUCAAUCAACCAAGAAGCCCAAAGAGUAAGGGAUAGCGUCAAAGGAGAGGAUGGGAACCAAGACAUUUACUUACCUGCUCUGCUCCCCAAAGUACCAGGCCGGUUCUACUACCUAUUUGGCAAACCAAUUGAAAUGAAAGGGAUGGAUAAUGUCGUCAGAGAUAGGAAAACCGCAAACGAACUGUAUUUGCAGAUCAAAUCUGAAGUAGAGAAUUUAUUGUCAUACCUGAAGAGGAAGAGGGAGGAAGAUCCUUACAGAAGCAUAACGCAGCGUGCAUUGUACCAGGCAUCUUGGGGUGCUUCUGCACAGGUCCCAACUUUUGAACCAUGAAGGUUAUAUGUGCUUUGCUAUGACUGAACAUUGGAGAUCUUUGUGUUCUGCAACAAACAUGGAAAGAGGGGGUGCCAUCUGUUGGAAAGUAAAUAGCACACAGAUUUUCAGCAGGCUUGCCGCAACUCUGGAACCAGCUUUGACGCAUUUUGCUGGAAUCUAACCCCCAUUAUACAAGUGUGUGUAUAUAGUAGAGAACACAGAAACAAAUAUAUCUGAGCAGUUCUUUAUUUGGUUAUAUAUUACCGGUGAAUAGUGAUUGAUACUACCUCCGUUUCAUAUUGUAAGUCGUUCUAGCAUUGCCUAUAUUCAUUCGUUGAUGAAUGUAUAUACUUUAUAUAUGUGUCUAGAUUUAUUAGCAUCUAGAUGAAUCUAAGCAAUGCUAGAAAAAGAACGCAGAAACAAAUAUAUCUGAGCAGUUCUUUAUUUACCGGUGAAUAGCGAUUGAUACUACCUC